CAUGGGUUCUAGAUGUAGUCUCGAUUUACAUGGUUGAAACCGUGAGGAAAACUAGUAAUUUGUCUUGCCUUGCCCCGCAUCAAACGCGUGUCCAUCGUGAUAGCACAGAAAUUGUGCCUCAUUUUCCCCCCAAAAAAUACCGAAUCUUGCCAAUCUAUCACCGAUCUAUGACCGAGAACGAGGUCAAACCUCACUGAAGUGAUGCCGUCGUUGUAUAGAAAACAUUGCCAAGAAACCGCCAGCCCUCCUUAGAAUGUGUACCUUGACCUAAAUGGUGCUCUACCCCGUAUCACCAGCGUCGGAGCAGUGAAAUGACGAUACGUGAGGGAGAAUCGAGAGAAUCUGGAUUAGAAGCAGGUGCGCUUGCUGGAGAGAUAAAAAGCGAAGAUCUUUCAAACAUGCAUUUCAUCAAUGGCCACACGACUCUGCUGAUCAUCUUGUUUCUCAAACAAAGCAUUCUGGCAGCACCAACUGGAGAUCCGCUUCUUGGCUACAACCCUUCGAACGUUGUCAUCAAUCAAGAUACCGACAAUUUCGACUAUGAACUUGCACCAGGCCAAACAGAUCUAGCAACCGUAGGCGCCUAUCUGGACUUCAGCACAAUUGUGAACCCUCAACCUAUCCGAGGUUCCAAAGGUGGCACUGACCCGGGUCCAAGAACUUCACCAUACGAUAUCCUUAACCCUGAUAAACUUGCACCUCCGGGCACCGACCAUGGAAGCGUGAGCAAUGCACAAUGGCCCAUGGGCCUCAGCCAUGCGAAGCUAGGGCUCGACCACGGAGGAUGGUCGAGACAGCAAAACGUUGACAAUAUACCUGUUGCCACAGAAAUGGCAGGUGUAGAUAUGCGUUUGGAAGAGGGCGCUUACCGUGAAUUACAUUGGCAUAAGGCGGCAGAGUGGGCUUACAUCUUUAAUGGGAGUGUGAGACUUCAAGCUGUUAAUGAUGAAGGUCAGACCUUUGUCGAUGAUUUGAGUGCGGGUGAUGUUUGGUACUUCCCUCCAGGAGUGCCACACUCUCUGCAAGGAUUGAAAGGUGGAGUUGAAUUUCUCUUGGUCUUCGAUGACGGAAGCUUCUCCGAAGACAAUACCUUCUUGGCUUCAGAAGUCUUUGCACAUAACCCAGUUGAGAUCCUUUCCAAGAACUUCCAACUCCCCAAAUCUGCCUGGUCCGACAUCCCUUCUGGAGAACUCUUUAUUUUCCCCGGCACAAACGCUCCUACCGAUAUAGCCGAACAGAACAUCACCGGCUCAGCUGGUCUCGUGCCGAAAGAAUUCUCCUACUCUUACCACCUCUCCAAAGCGCCUCUGACGCACGAUACCCCCGGUGGAACCAUCAAGAUACUCGAUCCAAAAUCCUUUCCUCUCGCGGCUCAAUUUUCUGCCGCAGUCGUAACUCUGCAUCCUGGAGCUAUGCGCGAAAUCCACUGGCACACCACAAGCGAUGAAUGGAAUUUUUUCAUAUCUGGCAGUGCGAGAAUUAGUAUAUAUGCAGCUCAGGGGCUAGCAAGAACGUUCGAUUACCGUGCGGGUGAUUGUGGAUAUAUCCCCAAAGGAAUGACGCAUUAUGUUGAGAACACUGGGAAUGUUGAUGUGAUAUUUAUUGAAGUUUUGCAAGCAGACCAUUUCUCAGAUAUCUCGGUCGGCCAAUGGGUUGGUUUGACUCCCAAGCAGAUCGUAGCUGAUACGCUCAAUUUAUCCAACGAAACCGUGUCGGCUUUCAAGAAAGAGAAGCAGUAUAUUGUGACAGGUGACGUCCCGGAGUGAAUUGGCUCGUAGGCUUCUCGGUUUAAAACAUGUCUUUCGUUUUUCUGUUUCCUUCAUUCAAGUCUCCUUUUGCUCAAUUUCAGUUGCUUUUCAUUGAGUAUACGUCUUCAUGUAUUGCCGCAAAUAAGAGAAAUUUUUAGUUCUCCCGCCACUGAAGGCACAUGCAACCAUUAAGAUAGCUUUUCAUCAAUUCUAUGAUUUAAUCUC